AUGGCAUCUAUUGCCGAGGGCCUUUUCAAAUCAUUGCCAAAACCUAAAUACACGGGCGAGCAUGAAAGACCGCCUCCCCAUACCCAACCGCGUGGGCCCCGAGUUGUCGGCGCAGGUUCCGUUGACGAGUCUCAGUUAAUACUCAAGCAAACGGGCCCACCAGCAUAUGGCAAGCGCGCAGGAUGGCGGCCACGAGCUCCGGAAGAUUUUGGAGACGGGGGUGCAUUCCCCGAAAUCCCAGUUGCACAGUAUCCUCUUGACAUGGGUCGAAAGGGCACCUCGACCAAGUCCAAUGCGUUAGCGAUUCAAGUCGAUGCCGAAGGCAAGGUUAAAUACGACGCGAUCGCUCGGCAGGGUCACUCGGAAGGUCGCAUUGUGCAUGCCUCUUUUAAAGACUUGAUCCCGCUCCGUCAGCGUGUCGACAUGGGUGAAAUAUCCUUAGACCGCCCCUCGAAAGAAGAAGUCCAGGAGCAGAUGGAGAAAACGAAAGCUGCGUUGGAUAAACUGGUGACUGGUGCUGUUGCUGCGCAGAAACCCAAAAAUGUCAACACUGGAAAGAGGAGUGAGCCUACGUUCGUGCGAUAUACGCCUGCGAAUCAGAUGGGAGAUACGAGCAAGAAAAAUGAUAGAAUCAUGAAGAUUGUGGAAAAACAGAUUGAUCCAAUGGAACCACCAAAGUUCAAGCACAAGAAGAUCCCUCGUGGCCCGCCGUCGCCCCCUCCCCCGGUCAUGCAUUCUCCGCCGAGGAAAUUGACUGCCGAAGAUCAAGAAGCAUGGAGAAUCCCCCCUCCUGUGUCGAAUUGGAAGAAUCCAAAAGGAUACACUGUCCCGCUAGAUAAACGGUUGGCUGCAGAUGGCCGUGGAUUACAGGACGUUGCAAUAAAUGACAAAUUCGCUCAGUUCGCAGAGGCGCUGUUCACGGCCGACCGCCAUGCCAGAGAAGAGGUGAAACAGAGAGCUCAGAUGCAACAAAAAUUAGCGGAGAAAGAGAAGGCGAAGAAGGAAGAGCAUCUAAGGCAGUUAGCUCAAAAGGCACGAGAUGCACGAGCUGCUGCGACGAGUGGUCGACGCGAAUCUCGUGCACGCUCGGUUAGCGGUAGCCGGAGCCCGUCCCCAUAUUCAUCUCGUUCCGCAUCCCCUAGCGAAGAUGAGGAAGCAGCCCGAGAGCGUGAGCGUAUGCGCCGUGAACGCAGACAGGAAGCUGAGCGACAGCUCCGUCAAUCUAGAAUGGGCGCAGAGCGACGAAUACAGAUGAUGGCCAGGGAGCAAAAUCGGGAUAUUUCUGAAAAGAUUGCCUUGGGCCUGGCGAAACCGACUCAGAGCUCGGAGACCAUGUACGAUUCACGGUUAUUCAAUCAGACAAGUGGGUUUGACUCGGGGUUCAAUGAAGAUAAUCCGUAUGACAAACCGCUUUUCGCGGCUCAGAAUGCCAUCAAUAGCAUCUAUCGACCGCGAGCACAGGCCGAGGAUGAAUACGAUGAAGAAGCCGGUGGGGCUGAAAUGGAUAAAAUAAACCGAAGUAACCGUUUUGAAGUCCUUGGGCGUGCUCAAGAGGGAUUUAAAGGCGCUGCCGAAGCAGAGGCUCGAGACGGCCCUGUGGAGUUUGAGAAGGACACAGCGGAUCCUUUUGGUAUUGAAGGCAUGAUCGCUGAAGUCACCAGCGGAGCGUCGGGCGCAGGCCAAAAACGAUAUGGCAUUCAAGAAGCUGAAGGUUCUGAGGCGCGUGGCUCAAAAAGAGCUAGGGUUAGCGACGAAGACAGUGAUGACGGUGAGCGAAGAAGAAGUUGA